GUCUCUCAGCCAACAUUGCGUUUGAUGCAUAUCCACAUAAAUUAAUCAUAAACUAAAAUGACUCCCAUUUCGAUUCGCUUGUGUCUCUGAAAAGGCGCUAAAAGCCAUUUUGAUGUCCGGUGACGUAUCCGCUACUCCACCGUCUCCUUUGGAGGUUGUCAGCUUUAUCGGUAAAACCGUUGGCGCAGGCGCGGCACUUACAGCUGCUGUCUACUUACUCCGCAAAGUCUGCUUAAUAAUGGCGUGGAAAUCCGGAGGAGCCAGCCAUGCAGAGCUCGUUAACAAUCUCCGCAAAAACGGCAUUAUUAAAUCCGACAAGGUGUAUGAAGUCAUGCUGUCCACAGACCGAGCACAUUACUCUAGGUGUAAUCCAUACAUGGACUCGCCACAGUCAAUAGGCUAUCAAGCUACCAUCAGCGCCCCACAUAUGCAUGCCUAUGCACUAGAGCUUCUACACGAUCAGCUGUAUGAGGGAGCCAAAGCUCUGGAUGUCGGCUCAGGCAGCGGAAUCCUCUCCGUUUGCUUUGCACGAAUGGUAGGCCCAAAAGGGAAAGUUAUAGGAAUUGAUCAUAUCAAAGAGCUGGUAGAUGAUUCUGUAAACAAUGUGAAGAAAGAUGACCCCAGCUUGAUAACUUCAGGCCGAGUCAAGCUAAUAGUGGGCGAUGGGAGAAUGGGGCACCCAGAGGAAGCACCGUAUGACGCCAUCCAUGUUGGUGCAGCAGCUGCCAAUGUCCCCCAAGCUCUUUUGGACCAGUUGAAGCCGGGCGGCCGUCUGAUUCUCCCAGUCGGUCCGGCUGGAGGGAACCAAAUGCUGGAGCAAUAUGACAAGCUGGAGGAUGGCAGCACCAAAAUGAAGCCCUUGAUGGGGGUGAUUUAUGUGCCUUUAACAGACAAAGACAAGCAGUGGUCCAGGGAUGAACUCUGAAUAAAAGACGGAAUACUCGGAUGACACCUGACAGGCCCUGAAUUUUGUUUCAAGCAUUAUAAAACAUGCUAAUUUUUGUUUGAGUCAAAUGAGGGACUUUGAGAAUAACACUGAUGACAGCUGUGAAGGGCUGCAAGAAGAGACUGCUUGAAGCUUCAUGCAGAAAUAUUCAAAAGGGUUUUUUUUUUCAGCUGGGUGAUAUUUUCUUCCAUGUUUUGCCCCAUUUAAAAUGCAGUUAAACAUUUUUUUUAUUAUUAUUUUUACAUGACAUUUCAGCGGGGUCAAAGCUGGAUGUACAAGCAGAACAUGAAAUAAAAAUACCCAACACUUUUAGAUAAUUCACCUAGCUACAGCUUGUGUGUGUGAGUGUGUGUGUCAUCUAACUGUAGGGUUUUCUGCAAGAAUAUAAGCUCCCCCCCCUUUGCCAGCAGUAUUAAAAUACUUAAACACAUACAGCAUCAUGGCUAAAAGGUUGAUGUGCAGAACAUUUCUGCACAAAUUAAACACACAACACACUGGAUAUACUUUAAAAUAACAAGAAAAAACAGCUGGGCACCGAUCUCACCAAAAUGCAUGAAGGUACAGGGCUGCGCUUUCCACCUGGUGAUGUGUUGUUUGCUGCCGCUGGUUUCCCCUUUCCAACGUGUACAGGCUACAUUGGGAGAGUCGCUGCUUUGCCAAAAUAAACAUCGAUACAAAGCAAAUGACUGUUUUUCUGAUGACAAAAUAACAGUUAAAUAAGCACAUUCGGUUUGGGUGGAUCUGAUCGACUGACCGGUAUUUGGAUUUCACAGUAUCUGAAAUGGCAUAUGAAAAUAAAGAGUCGCUU